AGAAGAGCAUGAAUCAGGAGUUGGAUGAUCAUUUUAUCUUAAAAUUUCCAUAAGCUGAUAAAACAAAAAUGGCAUCCAAGCUGUUACCUACUGAUCAACAAAAUUUUGUCCGUCUAGGGAUAGCCGUAGUAGACAAAAUUAAAUUACCAAUGAAAGAUAUCCUUAUACUUUCUAUCAAGCCUAUUAACUUGUACAAUGCCAUCAGCUCUUGCACUGUUUUGUUAACCGGGAAAUACAAACUGAAUGAUGAACAGCGGAAACUGUGCUUUCUUUUGCCUCCAGAUAUUCCUGACUAUGGUAAAUUUGAUGUUUCCUUGUUAUAUAAACUCAUACAAAAUCUUUGUCCGCACUUAGUUCCAACACAGGGAUGGGGAAAACAACCAAAGGCCACUGAUAUAAAGAUCGCUGAUGAUAUUGAACGUCUCAGGCAGUUCAGGAACGGUAUGCUUGGACAUUUGGAAUCUUCAUCUAUCCCUGAUGCUCUGUUUGAAGCACGUUGGGCUGAGAUAGAAGAUGUCAUGAAGCGAAUGGAUUCAUUUUUAAGGAAACAAGGGUUCAAUCCAGUUAAUUACGAGAAAGAACUGGCAGAUGUUAGAAAAUGUAACUUUGGUUUUGAAGAUAUGGAAAAGUUCAAACUCAUGCUAGAGGCAACACUAAGGAUUAUGAAAGAAAAAGAAGAAUUUCCAACGAUUACUUUACGAGGGAAUACAACAAUCAUUUGUGGAGAAGCGGCAUCUUUUGAAGCUGAGAUAGAACAGACAUCAACGUCAACACAGAACUGGCCUAUCACGUGGCACAAGGUUAGAGGGAACAAUUUAGAACAGAUUGAUACCAGUACAGGGAAAUAUACAGACAGCACCAAUAGACAACUUGUCAUACAGAGGGCAUCAAAGGAGGACCAGGGUGACUACCAGGCCAUUAUAUCUGGGUCUUCUAAUGGGCAGCACAUCAAAAUACCAAGCAACGUGCUGACAUUGAAAGUCACCGGAGAGAGGCCAGUUCUUAAGAAAUUAGAAGUUACCUCGGGAAAGGACGGUAUAACUCUUCAUUACAAGUAUGAAGUAUCACAAGACUCUCCAAAAGUACAUCAUAUUGCUUGGACCAAAAACGGCCAGGUAAUAACUAAAGAGCAGGAAAAGUAUCUUGGAGGGGAUCUUAUAAAUUCUUCACUUACUAUAACUUCCCCAUCGCUACAAGACAGUGGAGAGUACACCUGUAUUAUAGCCAAUGCAGUUGGUGCUGUUGCAGAGUCAAUAAUUUUAGGUGUACCAAAGGUCAGUAUUUUAGCAGAGUCCGUUUGUUACGGGGAGAACACUGAUAUAAACUCUGUUGUAUCGUCUUGUCCACCGGCGGAAAGAGCGGUGUGGGAAAAAAGUAUUGAUGCUGUCAUCUUUGAAACUAUUUAUGUUAGAGACCGAAAAUAUGCAAAUAGUAUAUUAGAUCCAAGUAAUCCUGUACUUAGAUUGACAUCACUAACGUUUGAUGACAAACUUUAUUACCGACUUCGAGUAUGGAACAGCAUUGGAGAAUGUGUCAGUAACACUAUUCUUCUUAAAGUUACAGGAGAUCCCCCAAACAUUUCAAACGGCCAUGAAACCAACAUCAAAAGCCGUAUUGUGAUAUUGACGUGCCAGGUUUUUCUUUAUAAACAAUCUCCUCUUUUGAGUGAAAUUGCAUGGAAGAAAGACGGAAGUGUAAUCGACAUAUUCGGAAGUGGAGGAAAGUAUACCGGAGGAACACUUGAUGAACCAUCAUUAACCAUUACAAACGUCAAUCAAUCAGAUGCUGGGAACUAUCAGUGUAAAGCCUCUAAUGCAGUGGGAUCAACGAUUGGGAAUAAGAUUAUUCUUGGAGUUCCUGAACUUGAAAUACAAGGACCAAAUUUACAAGAAAUUGACAAAAAAGUUUUUACAGCCUUGAUAAAAUCAGUUCCGGAACCAAUUCAAGCUCAAUGGAGCAUAAAAAAUGCAAGCAGCGGUAGUUAUAAAGCAUUAGACAUCACAAGUGAGGAAUACAAAGGGUCAUCAAAUAAUCUUCCUAAACCACUGCUAUGUAUUAAACAGAACGUGACGUUACAAAAUCAUCUUAUACAUAUUGAGGUUCAAAACUUUAUUGGAACCACUACAAGGGAGAUUCCAGACGAGAGGUGCUCAUGCUCAAAUGAAGUACCAAAUACCAAAGCUACCAGUAAACUUACAGCAAUCUUCAGUAAGAAGGGAUCUUCAAUCAGAUUCAAUAACCUUAAGCUGGAUCUCAUCAGAGAAAUAUCGGAGAGAGAUUUAAAGCCACUGAUAUCAACCUUAACAGCGCUGACCUCCAUGGAAUUAUUGUCUUUAGAUAAUUUACCUACAAUUGAGGACUUGUUCAUAUUUCUCCUAAAAGAGGAAAUUUUCCAAGAAAGAAAUGUAAUUAUGAUGCAGUACUUGAUGAGAAGCAUUAAACGCCCUGAUCUUGAACUUAAAUGUGUGGAAUACGCCAUAAAGAACAAACAAGCACUGUGCUACUUUGAAGAAAACAAAAUACCAGGGGAUGGAUGCAAGCACGUUCAGAUACACGUAGUAGAUGAUAUAGCAACAUUCACAGAUAUUGACUCAUUGUUAGCAACAGUAGCAGCUAUAGUUGGUUGUGAUAAAGACUCUAUAAAACUGGUUGGAUUGCAACCUGAAAGUAGUUUCGUUAUUGUGAUAUCAAUGAAAGAAUGUUUUGCACGAAAAUUUGGAGAAAAGGGUCCGCACCAACUUUCUCGAUUAUUGCAAUACAAUGUAGAUUGGAUUAAAAUUGAAAACAAGCUGAUUAACAUCCAACAAGAUGAUUUAAGACUUCAUAAAAUGGAUGUUGCAGGGCAAAUUUCUUAUGAACCACAAGUCCAAAGUUUUUUAUCUGGCCCGUGUACAACCCUGUUCCGUAAAAUCCUUCGAAAAUACGUCUUAGAAGAGGAUUUCAUAACAAGGAUCCACAAGUCUAGAGAUCAGCUGUUACCAUUACUAACUGUUGAUCAACAGAGUGUGCUUUAUCCCGAGAAAGGAUCAUUCUCAGGGAGUUACAAAUGUUUAGAUAUCCCUCUCAUUUACAUUUUAUUCCAGAAUAUGUGUAUGAUAGAACCCCAUAGAAGGGGAUGGGGUAAUACGCCAGAACCAUCAGACACUUCAAUGGCUGCGUCUAUUGAUAACAUUAUGGACAUUUACAGAGAAUACAUUUAUAAUCCUCCUCUGUGUCUGGAGCAAACAGAUUUUGAUCGUAUAUUGAAGACAAUAUUGAAACUCUCGAAGAAUAUUGAAGAAGCACUUGAAAAUCCUAAAAUGGAUACCAUCAUAAAGGAAAUGGAAAGAAAAGACAAUUUAAAAAGAGAAAAAGAAAUCCCUCUGGAAAAAUUCAGAGAUUUAUCAUUAUCACAACACUUGGAUACGUACGUGGUAUCUACGUCCAGUAUAACUGUACCCGGAGUUGACAGCGUUUAUCAUAUCUCCUGUGUGACGUCAGACAGACUGUGGGUCAGUGAACACAGACGUCUCCUACAGGUGGACAACACCGGACACGUAAUACAGAAACUGAAAAUUGAUGUUACAAGUUAUCAAGGAGCUCACUCCGUCGCAGCGGACGGGGACAUGAUAUUUAUAAAUGGAGAUAUAGUGCAGAAGAUGACGUUAGGUGGAACAGUUACUACACUCUUCAGACCACGUGAGCCUUUAUUCUGUAUCCAUUCCUCCCGCAAUAACGGUGACAUACUGGUUGGUUAUAAACAUGGAGUGUUCAGGUGUGACUGGAGGGGAAACCAUCGCAUAGAAUUGGAGGAUUAUAGGAUUCAUUAUCCAACAUUUAUCACAGAAAACAACAAUGGAGACAUCUGGGUCUCUGACAUCGGUAGAACAGAAGUGGUUGUGAUGGAUAAAUCAGGACAACAUCGGUUUAACUACAGAGGUCAGCACCAGUCUGGCUUUUUUCCCGGUGGUAUUUGUACCGAUAUCCAUGGACAGGUACUGGUGUGUGAUUUAUCGAAUUCCAGUGUCCAUCUCCUGGAUCAGGACGGUCAGUUCCUGCGUCUCCUCCUGACACAAGAACACGGACUAUUCCGCCCCACGACUCUGUGUGUGGACGACAAACACAACCUCUAUGUAGGAGAUAUGUAUAGUAAUACAAUAAAAGUGUACAAGUAUCUACAGGAAACAGAGGAUUCAAAAUCAUCUAUUGUGGAGUCGAAAUAAGCCUUAUGAAGUUUACAUCUUAAUUAGUUAUCGACUGAUACAAUUGUAAAAUGUUUAAUUUGAUAAUCAUACACUUGAUACAUAAUACGACAUAUGCCUCGUAGAUUAUUCUUUUA